CGCUAGAAGCAGCGUGCGUAUCCAGAAUCGGAAGUACCGUGGCAGCAUUGGGAUGUCGGUGGCAGCGGUGGGGCGAUCUCCCCGACACUGUCCACCUCUGGACCAGGCGAGUACACGGAUAGGUCUUUGUGAUUCAUGUCGUCCAAUACUCCACCUAUAAAUGGAAACUACGCUAGUAGUAUUGUCGGUGUCGAAUCAACCAAUCAGAUCGCUCGUCCCAAGAAUGAACGCCAUGCGCUAAUUAACAAAUGGUAUCUUUGAGCUUCCGUCUGCGGGAAGAUGAAAGUAGAAUAUAGUAAGUGUCAGUAAGUCCACAUGCAAGGUUGUCUGCUGCUCUCCGAACAACACAAGCCAUUUCCGGAUAUAGGUCGGACGACCAGUGUGUACUGUUCGGAUGUAACACGUGGACACGUUCUACAGGUGGGCCAUGCAUUGGGAGUAAAAAGUGACCACUAACUUUAUAAGUUUCUGUAUAUACUUCAGUGACAUGUGGGCUUGGCUCGUCUUCUCCCUGGGGGUGGUGAUCACGUGUGUCCCGGGGGUCAGCCCUUAUGAAUCCGUGGAACACGAGGAUAGUUCCGUAUGUUUAGGAUGUCGUCUUUUUAACAUCUAUGAGAAGGAUCGAAGUCACAACAGACGAGCGGUUCAAGAAUGUCCUCGGAAAUGUUCCUGUCCCGCUAAUCCACCGGUUUGUAACGAGGGCAUCCGAACAAUCAGAGACGGAUGUGGAUGUUGCUACAUGUGCGCGCGCCAGCAUGGUGACAUGUGUAGUAGGAAAGACAAGUGUGACGCGCAACAAGACCUUUACUGUGAUAAUGAGGGUAUAUGUAGAGCAUUUGUACCAAAGACAUGUUUUGUAAAUGGAAAGGAAUACAAAGAUGGAGAAAAAUUCAAACCAGAUUGUCGACGUUUAUGCACGUGCCAAAACGGCAAGUACGGAUGCGUGAACCUUUGUCCCCAGGAAGAUUUCCGGCCCUCCAUUGAGCACUGUCCAAACUCACGUCUGACUGAGGUCAGGGAUAGGUGCUGCAAGGAAUGGACGUGCUACCAGGAGCAGACGAUUAAGUCACCACGGCAUGCAGCACUACAGAGUGCCAACCUAGUACUACCAAACGACAACCAACAAUCCCAGUCAAACACGCAGUCAUCCACACCCGGUCCAGAAUGUCGGGAAAAAGAUAAAAAUUGGAGCCCGUGUUCAGUAACAUGCGGGGUAGGCACGUCGACGCGUGCCUGUGGACAAUCAGAGCGGCAGACCCGUCUUUGUUACCUCCGACCAUGUGGAAUGAAUGUUACAACGUUGGGCCGGAGUAAAUGUACACCAACAACACGUACAAAGCACAGACGACAUAUCGAGUACCAGUCUUCCGGACAAAACUGUACCAGCAUCAAACCGUUCAGGAUGAAGUUCUGCACCACCUGCAAAGACAACCGUUGUUGUUAUCCCAAACGACAACAAACCCGGGACAUUGAGUUUCGGUGUGACGGAGGAAGACACGCAUAUUUAAAGUUUGCUUGGAUCAAACGGUGUAUGUGUAGCCGGAAGUGUCAGAGAAGAAGGAGGAACGGCGUCUAAUUAAUACGGAAAGACAUAACGAAAUGAACUGGAUAUAGUCAAGCUGUACACCUCCUAUACGUUAAGCGUUACGUACAACGUUUAUGUACAUAAUAACGAUGUUGAUGCAUUGUCUCCAGGUUGACGUACAUACCGAUAUAAUGAAUAUAGUGAAUGUUGAGUGUUUGAACUAAAAAAUAUAUCUGAAACAUUUCAAUGGGAUGAACGUCGGCUUAUGAUCUCAAUUAGGUUGUUAAGAUAAAAAUCAUUACGGAUGCACCAAUGUGGAUACUUUUAAUAUUGCAUACUUUGUGCAGUUGCAACAUGGAGAGGCAAUAGGCUCUCGUUAGUUGUGUUAUAAAAGGUUGUAUUAAAUAAUAUCUUGUAAUCUGAUUGAUAACACUAAUCCCAAACAUUACAUGCGACAUUUCUUGUCGUAAAAUAGUGAUCCAAUGUCUGUGGUAAAAUGGUUUCCUAACUUUUUAUUGGGUUUACAAACAUGAUCUUUGGAUUAUUGUGUCACUUAAUUGUUCACGCGGUGAAAAGUACUUGUCACUUAUUUUAAAGUUCACUGUCAGCGUAUGAGAUGUUGAGACGACGGAUACGUUAUCAUUUUCUAUAGAGAAUUUAUACAAUCGAUAAAAUACCUUAUUGGUGCUCACACUACUAGUACACUACAACUUGGGUAGACGUAAACCAAGAUGCAAUUAUUUUUAGUUAACGAGGCACAUUAAUAAGUAUGGUUGACGGUUUACAAUCUAUCGUAGGUAUCGUAUCAUGUCUACGUCAGCCACUUCUCAUAUUAGUUCAUUAGUGGAAUAUCGAGAAUAUGAUGGAUACGUGCCUCUUGUGUCAACACGUAUCUUAAUUGAUCUAAACAGUUACAACACAGUGAACUAACGUUUUCUGUAUGUGGUUAUACACAUGUAGUCCUACAUUCAAUCCUCUCUAUGUUUUGUAUAUAUAUAUAUAAUAUCAUAAUAGACUUCAUAAUCCUCUAUGGGUAUAUCUUCAUUUAAUUUCUGUCAAAUCUGCUCAGUUACGACACCAAUUCAUAAGUAGUAUUGAUAAACAUUAAAAACAGAACGUGAGAUAACCCUGCAAGUUACAUCUCCGAAUGAUAAACAGAAAAAUAUUUUUAUGAAUGCCGAGAGGAUUCACCCCCCGAUGCAUGGUGGACUUAAACGUUAACCUAUCUUUAAUUUAUGUCUAACAGAUCUAGACACACGUUAAAUCUGCAAGUCGUAGAUAAUGUUGUGAUUUUACCAACUCAUUUCCUUGGCCGUCGCGGCAGUACGUCUGAUCGAUUUUGACUUCUGAUGCAUUCAUCGCAUGUCUGUUAUUCGUUAAAAUAAACCAGUUUGCGCAUGCCUCUAUGACAUAAGUUCGGCGGCUUAUUUACGUAUAGAGAGUGGAGUACCGCAUUAGAGAAACAUGAUAGUUUCCUUGCUUUAAUGAUUGCAAUUAUGAAAAACUAUGGUAUUGAUUCUCACAUUAAAUCAUUAUGUUAUGUCCUAUCAUUUAACAUAUUUUAGUAAUUUUGUCAAAAUGUAUGUGUUACGGAAACACAGACAGAUUAUAAUACUACUGUAAAUGCAGAUGGAUAUAAUGUGUGCAUAUAGGACGUGGAAUAUAUGAAAUUGUCAUCGCGUGUUGACGUCCAAACAAAGUUGCACGUGACUUGUUUACGUCUACUGCUGUAAUACAUGGGAUGUUGACAUUAUACUACCAUAACGUAUGACGUGUUUUCAUCAUAUUACAGUAGCACAUGGCGUAGGAACGUUAUAAUAAAGUAACACGAGCACAUGGCGUAGGAACGUUAUAAUACAGUAACACGUGCCGUAUUGACGUCAUACUUCAAUAACCCGUGACAUGUUGACAUAUUACCACAGUAACAAGUGGCGUGAUGACGUCAUUCUGCAAAACACGUAGCGUGUUGGCAUACUACAGUAACAUACGACGUAUCGACUUAAUACCUCAGUAACAUAUGGCAGUUUGACGUCACACUACAGUAACACGUCACGUGUGGACGUCAUAUUACAGUAACACAUAGCGUAUUGACGACAUUUAAGCAUUGAACUGCUUUUCAGUUGGCAGUUAUUGGAUGAUAAUGCCAACUGUAUGUAAUGUUUUUGUCCAGUUGCCAUUAUCAGUCAAAUAACUGCUAAUAGAAAGCAGUUCAGUGCUUGCAUUUAUUAUGUGUGAUUUUUUUAAAAUCACUAUGAUUAAUGGAAUGCAAGUUCCCCGCCUUUCUCGGCUGUGAGCCUGUUCAUAGCUCUACCAUGUUGUUCUACGCAAAAACAAAGUGCGUAAGACAAAAGAAAAUCAGACAAGAAUAACCAAUGAAAUACAAAUAUUUAAUGUAAAAAAUAAUAAUCAUGAAAAAAUAAAAUAUGAACAAAAGGGAAAUGUGCGUUUAAUUUAUUUCCCACAACUGCGGUGUGCUUCAUUUGGUACAUUAUUAAUGUUCCGGUUUGCAGUUGAUGAGAUGAUAAUGUUCUACAACUGUUGGUAAGGUUAUAUAUUGACAAUGCCAUAGAGUGGUAAAACUACCAAAGUAUUUUAAGGCGUAUUGAAGACAUACUAUCGUUACACGUGACGUGUUCACGUCAUACUACACUAUUUACAUUUCCGGUAUGUGUUCGUUAUAUGACCUUACUAACGAAAAAUCGUUAAUAGGUGUGUAAACUUCUAAUUCGACGCGAAGGAAUAGCCGGAACCCAGUGCACACAUGCGAAAUUAGUGUGGAUACGUAACGACUAGUUUCGUUUUCUGUUUCGAUUUUUCCAGCUAAUUAUGAAUGGAAUAUUGUAUAAUUAAAUAAGCAUAACGGUGAAACAAAGAAUUGUUAGAAAUAUCUUACAGGAAUCAUAAAACGAUGUUCAUGUAGAAAUGUAUUUUGUUUAUUCCUGUAGUUGACAACCUUUCCCACUAAAUUCGAAUAAGCUGUUUAGAGUUUCCAUUAAUUGUCCGGCUGUUACGUCAAUUCGUAAAACCCAGCAAAAAGAAUGCCGAUUUGUUGUUUUGUUAACUUUACUAACGUUUUUAAAAAAAAAUACAGAUAUUUUUUAAAGGACGUUCAUCAUGUUGAAAUAUCUGUAAAAGAAAUGCAGUUUACACACGAGUAAACGACAAAAAAUAGUCCUUAAGUAACAUCUGACAUUGCACUACUUACAUCUAGUUUGUUGAUACAUAUACUACACCUACUCCUGUCACCUUCAGCAAUAUAUCGCGUCUUUACGUCAUACGACAUUUACACCUGUCGCUAUAUACAUAAUAGAUAUUUAGUAACACUUGGGUUGAUAUCAAUUGAAUUUAGAUUUUUAAACAUACCACCGCAUGUUUUAUGUGUUUUAGCCAAGAAUAGCAAUUGUAUCAAUUGUAUCAAUAUCAGUUGUGUACUAUUUUCAUUGUUUCUAAUUCUUGUACGUGGCGUUGUUUUUCCAUGUAAAAGAGUCAUUGUUGAUAAUUGUAUAAAAAAAAUUGUAUUAUUGAUACUUGUAUAUAUGUUGAUAUCGAGGUUGUACUGCACACUUUGUCCACAUUACACAUAGCUCUUUGUCUAUUUUUCUGAACUAUUGAUAUGGAUAUAUUCAUUUGCCGUCAAAGUAUGAUGAGACAUUGUAAUGCGACAUAUUCAUAUUUGAAAAAUAAUGAUAAAAUCUAAAACAUUUACUAAUACCUUGUUGAUAGAAUUAAAGGACAUUGCUUUGUAAGACAUACAGAAAACUGGUAACACGACGUAAUAAUUGAAGGCUGUCAACAGGAAACAUGUUGCUGUGUAACUUUACCCCAUCAUCAACAUAUCAUACACUGCACAUUAACUUUGUAUGCUAAGAAUCACUCCCACCCGACAGUAUCGUUAUAGUUUAUCAUAGUAUCCAAAACUACAUAUGUAGGUCUUUUUCGUGACACGUACAUGUUGAUAUAUUUGUGAAUUGAAAUCCUACACCCAUGUCUGUAUCAUGUCUGUUUUUAGUGUCAGUAAUACGACGGACACAUGGUUUAUUAAUAAAAUUUGUCAUAUU